GGCCUCUUUUUAGCAGAAAACACCGUGAGGGCUGCAGAAAUUCGCGAAAUUCUAUGAAAUGGAACAAUGUAAUCUUGUUCUACUGUGAACUGCUCGCUAGAACUAAGACAUGUUUACUUCGUCAGGUUUUUUCAGGAACAAUCCGUGCCCUUUUCUGGCAGAAGGCGCCUGUGACAGGUCGCACUGCCACUUCAAGCAUGUGAGACCAGUACAGACAGCAUCGACCAAUCACCUCUCAGGAAGCGAUGUCGCUCAGGAAGACGACAAUCGUGGCUCCUCCGCGGUCCUCAGACUCGACAUCGUCAAGGACGCCGUGGCGAAAGUCCGGAAUGCGAUGGAGAAAGAACAGAUGGAUCUCAGCCAUCACCAUGGCAACUACAUGCCCUAUGACCCGUCUGCAAGCGAGACGUCACCGAGAGGAGGGGCGCCCGCUCCGGCUGUCCACACGAAACUCCCCAGCACCAUGCCCGGCCGCGCGGGGAGACUGGAGUACAGGCCGACUCCAAUAGCGGAGUUGAAGAAACGUCACGCCGCGGGGGUCGACAUUACAGAACAAGAGUACGACCCUACACGUCCAUCCACAGCUAUAGGUGGCAGCUUAGGCUACCAUCCUACUCCCAUCACUGAUCUAGACACUAGUAAUGACAUAAGGCAAGAACCAACUACAGUAAUUGUGAAUAAGUAUACAGAGGCUUUCAAGUAUCAAGGAACAGACAUGGAGUAUGACCCCAUUAUGAAUUAUUCUGCUGUUCCGAAACAACAGAAGAGGAAAUUGCUAGACAUCUCUGAGCAAAGCUCUGCACAGCCAGUCAGUAAGCAAAGAAAAGUUGGACAAGAUCAAAAUGCUUUGGGCAGUAGUCAAGACAAUGCAAAGCUUAGAGAGGAUGUAAUAGCAGACGAUGUAAGCAAUAGUGAGGAGAUAAAGCAUAGAAUAUCGGAAUCAGACACAGUUCCAGAGAUAGGUACUUUAAGCAAUAAUGAGGGAGUGUCAGACUCAGAUAAGGUAUCUGAGACCGGCCUGGGUCUUUCAAGUUCAACAACACAGUAUACACUAAUGAAUGAUGAAGAUAUACGCAAAGAUACAACACAGCUAUUUGAGUCAAAAAGCUCUACAAGGAAAACUGGAGCAACAGGGCCAGUCAACAAGCAGGGUAAUGAUACUAAUGGUUCCUCCAGACCAGACAGAGGUGACAUCAAGAAAAAGAAAUCUUCUAAACAUCUUAAAGAUGCCAAAGUUUCUAAGGACCAAUCUGAGAACUCAGAUGAAAAAGCAGCAAAGCAUGGCAACGACUUGUCAGUAUCAAGUAAAACUAGAACCAAAGAAAAGGAUGGGAAAUCUAAGGCUGUUGGUGACAAGAAAAACUCCACAAGGAAAAAUCCCACAAAAGAAGAACAGAAGGAAAGUCGGCAGCAUUCUAAGGUGAAAACGUCAAAAACAGAAAACAGUUCUGCAUCAAAGUCAAGUUCAAAAUUAAAAAGCACAGACAAAAACUCUUCCAAACCAAGCAGACGUGAGAAGGUGUUUGAUAGUGAGGAUUCUUCCUCUGACAAUUUGCCUAAGGGGAGUGAGGGAGAGGACUCUGUUAUUGACUUAGUUUCUGAAGAUUGCUCUACUGAUAUGUCUGACAGGGAAAAGAAAAGAAAGUUAAAGAAAGCAAAACAUGAAGAGAUUGGACAGAAUAAUACAGGCAGCUUUGUAGAAAAUGAAAGAAAGAGAAUGAAAAACCUCAAACAUUCUAUAUCUCUAACAAAAGGCACAGCCACCAAACUCUCCGAAACUUAUCAUCCUGAAGUUGUUGAAAAAAUGGACUGGAUAAAAACUGAAAAACAAAAGUUGAAUCCAAGUGACUCCGAUGAAUAUUUGAGCAAAGUAAAUAGCACAAAAGUUAAGAAAACCUACAAGGUCCAUUCUGAAUCCAAAUCCACAGAAGACAAAGUAAAUAAAAAUCAGGGUCACAAACAUGGAAAAGAUAGUAAACAUGUCAAGAUAAGUUCUGAAGGAUUGAAAAACAGUCAUAAACGUGAAAAAGAAAAACAGGAAAAAGGAAAAGAAAAGUCAAGUUCUAGCAGCUCUUCAAAGAAAGGAGCCAGCAAUGACAAACAUGGAAAGUUAGUGGCCCACAAAAGCUCGCAAAAGAAAUUAACUCCAAAAUUAGAGUCGCCAUACGACCUCACGUUUUCAGACUCAGAGAGUGAUACAUUUGUCAGGGAGAAGUCAGGACAUUCUAUUUCUAAAUCAGCCUUGAAGAAGUUGAAAAGUAGGGGAGACAAGGAUGGUAAGACCAAGACGACACCUGGUAUAAAAGUGAGCCAUGCUGAUCUAUUUGGAGAUGAUAGUGAAGAUGAUGUCCCCAUGCCAACAGAUAGUACUUCCCAGGAUGCAUCCUCAGUGGACCUGACUUUGACCCUGACACCCUGCGGAGGUUAG